AACCUCGUCGUCGCACCCCCCCUCUCUCUCGUCUCUCCGGCCUCCGCUUCCGCCUCACCGCCGCAUCCCCCUCCACCCGGGCCCACCCAUGGACCCCUCCAUGCCUCCGCCGCCACCGCGAAACCCUAACCCCUCCUCCAUGCCGCCUCCCCCGCCGCCCAAAUUCUCGCCGCCACCGGAGGUGAAGCCGGCGCCCACCCCCUCCAUGCCGCCUCCGCCUCCUCCGCCAUGGCCCGCCCUGCAGCCGGAGGAGAAAGGGGCAGGGGCUAGCGCUUCCUCCUCUAUGCCUCCGCCCCCGCCCCCGCCGCCGGCGCCACAGCCGGAGGCGGAGGCGGAGGGGGCGACGGGGCCUGAUGCGUCGGCGGAAGGGAGCGCUAGCGCUAGCGAUUCGUCGGCUGAUGAGGCGGGGAGCUCAGGCAGGGAUUCCGGUGACGCCGAGAUGGCCGAUGCGGCACAGCGGCCGCAGCCGAGGCCACGUGCCCCGUACGCCAUACCCGACUGGAGCGCCGCCCCGGGCCACCCCUUCUUCCUCGAGGUUCUCAAGGACGGCACCAUCGUUGACAAGCUUGACGUGUCCAGGAAAGGAGCUUACAUGUUUGGUCGAAUUGAUCUAUGCGAUUUUGUAUUGGAGCAUCCGACUAUUUCUCGCUUUCAUGCUGUUUUGCAGUUUAGAAGUGAUGGGGAGGUUUUCCUUUAUGAUCUUGGAAGCACACAUGGGUCCUUCAUCAAUAAAACCCAGGUCAAGAAGAAGACAUAUGUGGAAAUUCAUGUUGGAGAUGUAAUUCGAUUUGGGCAAUCAUCACGUUUGUACAUAUUCCAAGGACCAACUGAGCUGAUGCCUCCUGAAAAAGAUAUGCAGAAGCUUCGAGAUGCUAGAAUUAAGCAAGAUAUGCUCGAUCGUGAAGCUUCCCUUUUACGUGCAAAAAAUCAAGCAGCUUUAGCGGAGGGUAUCUCAUGGGGCAUGUCUGAGGAUGCGGUUGAAGAUUCUGCAGAGGAUGAAGCUGAUGAGAUCACAUGGCAAACCUACAAAGGUCAACUUACUGAUAGACAAGAGAAAACACGCAGUAAAAUUAUAAAGCGAUUGGAAAAGAUCACCAACAUGAAGAAAGAAAUUGAUGCAAUAAGAGCGAAGGACAUUUCUCAAGGUGGGUUAACCCAAGGUCAACAAACACAGAUUGCACGGAAUGAGCAAAGGACAUCUCAGCUUAUGGAGGAGCUGGAAAAUCUAGAAGAAACUUUAAAUGACAGUAUACGUGAAAGUCUUGGUGCUCGCACUGGAAACACAAUUCGCGGUAGUCAUAAAGCAAGUCUUGAGGAAGAAGACGACAUUCUUAGUGAUGAUGAUGAUUUCUAUGAUCGGACAAAGAAGAAAUCUUCUAGUCAUAAAUCCAGUGAGCAGCAAUCAGUGGAGACUGCUGAUAGUCUUCUUGAGAAAAAGGAUUCCAUAACCAGCAAUAUUGAAAGUAAAAAGAAAUUGUUUGAAGAAGAGAAGAAUAAGCUGGCAAAAAGUGAUAAUGCGGAUGUUGGGGAUGACCUUGAUGCUUACAUGAGUGGAUUGUCAUCUCAAUUAGUACAUGACAAUGUUGCCAAAAUCCAGAAGGAGCUUUCUGAUCUUGAGACUGAGCUGGACAGAGUAAUUUACCUACUAAAAAUAGCUGAUCCUAUGGGAGAAGCAGCUCGCAAGAGGGAUCUCAAGCCACGAGAAACAAAAUCUCCAGCAUCUAACGAUAGUCCAAGACUAGAAUCUGAAAAGAAAAACAAAGUUGCUCAAAACAAAACCUCAACAGAGGAGAAGCUCAAGGAAUCUUGUGCUGAAAAAACACAAGUGGAUAAACCUGCUGAGGAAGAGAUGCAUAUCUCCACAAACCAAGAAAAUGGCAGCAAACCUGCAUUCUCCAUGCCGAAACCUCAGUGGCUUGGUGACAAGAGGACCGUAGAACAUGAAGAGAACUGUAUAAAUGAAGAAAAUGGAAAUGAAGAGGAUAUUGAUAAUUUUGUGGACUACAAAGAUCGAAAAACAGUUCUUUCAGGUUCAGCGAGUGGGAAAGACCUUGAAGAAGCUGCCCCUGGGCUUAUUUUACGGAAGAGGAAGACUUCUGAUCAAUCAGUAGCCAGUGAGGUAGAAUCAUCUUCAGUUGAAUCUGAAGCAUCUGUUGCUGAUGCUGUGGCCCUCCUGCUGAAGCACAAACGUGGUUUACAAACUUCUGAAGACAUGGAGGAUGAAAAUGAGCCACAAACUAGCAAGAGAAAAAGUAAAAAGUCAAAACAAAAGCGAGUACUGGGUCCUGCAAGACCAGAUUUUCUUGACAAAGGUCCAGAUUAUGAAUCAUGGGUGCCACCUGAAGGUCAAACUGGCGAUGGCCGCACUUCACUGAACGAUCGUCUGGGUUACUGAAACUUGUGCAUUCAAGACUUCACUCGAUGCGUUGUGAAGAAGAAUCCAGUAUUGACAACUGGUAUUACUGCUGUUAUUCCUUGAUGAGCAUGCGUUCAUACGAUUUGAAAUGGCAACUGAGCCGUUUUUAUUAGUUCCUUUCCAUGUCCUGGGAGACUAGCAAAGGCUCUGCAAGAUUGCGAAGUUGCUGAAAACGAGCGUUGUAAUGACAUAGAUGAUGUAUCUGUCAGUUGGGCCUCAGGGGAAUCGUGUCACCUGUGGUAUAAAUAUAACCGUGUCCAGGGUUGCAGAAUGGGUGUAAUAUCAUCUUCACUUUUCUACGGGAAUGUGGUGGGUUUUGUAUUGUGCAAGAUCUAGCAUCAUCAUACUUAAAACGGUUUUUAGGUGUCAA